AUGUUCUCUGGUCGGUUCUGUUUCAGUGUGCUGGCCACGGCGACGGCCGUGUUGGGGGCGACAGUGCAGCUGGAUGCUAGAGACGUCACGGCCACGGCCCUGACCCAGCUGGAUCUGUUCGCGCAAUGGUCUGCCGCGGCCUAUUGCUCAACCAACCUCGAAACCGACGAUAUCAGCGUGACGUGCGCGGACGAUGCCUGCCCAUCCGUCGAGGCGGCCAGUACGGAGAUUCUGCUCGAGUUCGAUGAAACCAAUGACUACGGCGACACGGCGGGCUUCUUCGCCGUCGACAGGACGAACGAGCGCCUGGUGGUCGCGUUCCGGGGCAGCCGCACGCUGGAGAACUGGAUUGCGGACCUGACCUUCGUGUUCGAAGACAUCGACGAUAUCUGCAGCGGGUGCAAAGCCCACGAGGGCUUUUGGAAGUCGUGGGAAACCGUCGCAGACACCCUGACCAGCGAGAUCGAGACCGCCAUGACCACCUACCCCGGGUACACGCUGUAUUUCACGGGACAUAGUCUGGGCGGCGCCCUGGCGAUGCUGGGCGCGACGGCGUUGCGGACUGCAGGGUAUACCAUCGAGCUGUACACGUAUGGAUGUCCGCGGGUCGGAAACUAUGAGCUGGCCGAGUAUAUCACGAGCCAAGGCUCAGGGGCGAACUUCCGCGUCACGCAUCUGAAUGAUAUCGUCCCCCGUCUGCCACCUAUGCUUCUGGGCUACAGCCACCCCAGCCCGGAGUACUGGAUCACCAGUGGGACUCUGGACGCGGUGACGGCGGACGACAUUGAGAUCAUCGAGGGGAUCGACUCGACGGCGGGAAAUGCGGGUGAGGCGACGGAGAGUAUCCUGGCUCAUCUGUGGUACUUUUUUAGCAUUGCGACGUGUCUGUAG